AUGUUCGGUAGCCAUGGCGGAGUAGGAGGAAGUGGGGGAAAGUUUCUCUGGGUUCGUAACCAAGAAAAUUCAAAGGCUAAUGGAAUUGUGGCUGUGUUGGCGUGGGGUUCAAUUACAGAACCCCAAUUGAACGAUUAUGCUCGUCUCUAUUCAUCCCUGGGUUGGAAUGUCCUCCUUUGCCUUUCCGAUUUUCUUAACAUAUUCAUCCCGGAGAGAGCCACAGCUUUUGCCUUAUCUGUUGUCAGUCAGCUUGUUGAGGAACUGAGGUUAACCCCAUGUCCUCUAGUCUUUGCAUCUCUGUCCGGUGGUUCCCAAGCUUGCUUGUACAAGAUAUUUCAGGUUAUUGAUGGAGGAUGUGAAGUGAUGCUCAGUCCGGAGGAGAGUCGAUUGGUUAAAAAUUGUGUUGCCGGUCAUCUCUAUGAUUCUGGUCCUGUUGACUUUACGCGUGACUUGGGAGCUAGAUUUUCUCUCCACCAAGCUGUCCUCAAAUUGCCUGGUUCAUCUAAGCUGGUAUCUUUGAUUGCAAAAGGCGUCACAUCUGGACUGGAUGCUCUAUUCAUCACAAGAUUUGGAUCUCAUCGCACAGAUUAUUGGCGCAGUCUUUGUUCCGCAGUUGGUUUUGGAGCCCCUUUUCUCUUUCUCUGCUCAGAGUGUGAUGAUCUUGCUCCGUAUCCCGUUAUAUUUAAGUUUUCUCAGCGAUUGCAAGAUGCUGGAGGCUCUGUAAAAGUUGUCAAAUGGAAGGAUUCUCCUCAUGUUGGUCAUUACAAGAAUGAUCCGAGUCAGUAUAGAGCUGCAGUAGAAGAGCUGCUUGACAGAUCACUUUCAGUUUUUUCUCAUAAAAUUGAGAGGCUUGGAGAGCAAGCUGGUGCUGGGGGCUUGGACAGUGUGCCUGACGUAGUAUCUGAUUUAAUUUGUGACCUCCAGAAUGCAGCCGUGAAUUCGAAUCAAGGCCUGAAAAGAGUUGCUGUUGGACCUGGUGACCACUUAUGUAUACCAAGCUCAGUAGGAUCUGGAAAUGGCCACGACUCUCAGCCAUCACCGGAGGACAAAACCGAGAAAUCACCAUCUUACUAUAACCCAAGAAUAAAUGCACACGGUGUUCUAGGACAAAUACUUUUCGAUGCUUGUGUGCCAAAAACCGUGGAGGGUUGGGAUAUCAAAUUUUCGGGCUCAUUGAAUGGCCAGCCAUUGGCGUCUGCUUCUAGGCAACGAUCUCCCCCAAAGGCUACCAACUUUAUACGCCGCUCGAGAUUAUGA